UCAGUUACUCGCCGCUGCUGUACGAAACAACAGCAUUUCUCUCCUACUAAACAGCUAAAGAAUUUAAAAAAAAUAACAAAAACUCAACGGGUCGUUAAAUUUAUUGGAAAAAAAUUCAAAUUUACCGUCUUAUUAAAUAAAAUAAUUUAAAAAAAAAUAAAAAAAAUCCUUAAGAGAUUUUUUUAAAAAAGUGAAUUUUUUUUAAGUGUUAUAAAAUUUUACAAUAAAAAAACAAACAAAAUGAGCAAUUUCGCUUGGGUAACUUUAACCACAAAUGAUACAUAUUCCUUGGGUGCCUUAGUAUUGGCUCACUCUCUAAGACGGGCCGGUACAAAACAUCAAUUGGCCGUUUUGGUCACACCCGGUGUGUCAGAAUCCAUGCGCGGCAAACUGAGAGAUGUUUACAAUCUUGUGCAAGAAGUUAAUGUUAUGGAUUCACAAGAUUCUGCCAAUUUGGCUUUACUAUCCAGACCCGAAUUGGGUAUAACCUUUACGAAAUUACACUGUUGGCGUUUAGUACAAUUUGAGAAAUGCGUUUUCUUGGAUUCGGACACUUUGGUUUUACAAAAUUGUGAUGAACUUUUUGAACGUGAAGAAUUCUCUGCCGCUCCCGAUGUCAGCUGGCCCGAUUGUUUCAAUUCAGGCGUUUUCGUUUAUAAGCCCAGUCAGGAUACCUUCGAUAAAAUCGUUGAAUUCGCCUUGAAAAAUGGCAGUUUUGAUGGUGGUGAUCAGGGUCUAUUGAAUCAAUAUUUUGCCGAUUGGGCUACCAGUGAUUUGAAGAAACGUUUGCCCUUCUUAUACAAUGUUACAGCUUAUGCUUCGUAUUGUUAUUUGCCCGCCUUUAAACAAUUCAGAGAUAAGAUUAAGAUUUUGCAUUUCGCUGGCAAAAUGAAACCCUGGUUGAUACAAUUCAAUUCACAAAGUAAAAUGCCCUGUGUACCCUCGGAUUAUUCGCAUGCUGCUGAUUUAAUACAACUCUGGUGGAAUAUCUUCUUCGAUAAUGUUCAUCAAAAUUUAACUGACAAUAUGAGAUAUUCAUUACCCAAUCUAAUGCCAUGGAAAAGUAACUAUGACAAUAUGGCCUUUGAACUAAAACGUUACUAUGAUCAACAACAACAACAUCAGCAACACCAAAAUGACACAAAUUUGCAAUAUAAUUUACAAUACCAACAUUAUCAGGAACAUUAUACUAAUAAUAAAAUCGAAUUUCAUGAUCCUUGGGAAGAUUACUAUAGCAAACAGGAAGCAAAUGAGGAAAUACAAACAAAUAGUGACGGCUAUACACAAGGUAAUGCUGAAAAUGGCAAUGUAUAUGGAGAAUGGCAAAGCAAAGAAAAUCAAAUGGAACAGGAUUAUCGCCACCAACAUCAAGAACAUCAUUAUGAUCAUUACCAACAACAAGUUGUAGAUGAAAGCAAUAAAAAUUUUGAAAUAGAACCCGUUAUAUCUGUAGAUUUUGAGAGACAGAAUGUGGCUAUAGAGGAAACUGCAACUAGCAGAGAGAGUUGUGAAUGUGAAGCGAUAGCUAUCACAAAUAGAGAUGAUAGAGAAAACGAUAACACCGAACAAGAUAGAAUAAAUGCUACAACAGUCACCCUAAACAAUAGUCAGUUGAGUAGUAUUAAAACUGAUUCAAUUUCACCCGAUAAUACUACCAGAUGUAGUAGUAUUGAAAGCUAUAGUCUACAAGAAUCGAACGAUAUCUCUUCGUCUAGUGCUGAUAAUACAGUUUACGAACAAAAAGAUGAAAAAGUAGAAGAGGCUGGUUUGGCUGGUGCCUUGUCACAUUUGCGUUUGGGUGAACCACGCACUCCCGAACAGGAUGCCUACGAACAAUUGAUGCGUCGCCAAUGCUGGGAAUCGGGACAAGUUGACUAUUCCGGUCGUGAUGCAUUUGACAACAUCUGGAAAAAGAUAACAAAAACUUUAGAAUCAAAACCAGAUAAUACGGGUAGCUCUUAAAAAAUAGCAAAACAAAUUUUAAUAUCACAACAACAACAACAA